AUGCCUGCUCCCGAAGUUACCGUCACCUCAAAUUAUCCUCAUCCCAUUGUAAAGCAUGUGAACCUCAUGGUUGACACUUACCUCGCGAACGCAACGGUGGAAGAUUUGCGAUGCGCAGUACGAGGAUUGCUCGCUUCGGGAACAUCCGGAACAGCAUUACAAUUUUCAGCCGCCGCUCGAAAACAUUUAUGUGAAAGCGGAGCGUUGCUAGCACCGAGACCUGAAUCCCUGUUUGACAAGGAUGUUGGGAGCGGAGAGAUUAUUCCGACUCACACUUUGAAGGAGGUCAUGGCUCGUGCGAGGACAGUGUACGGGGUAGGUAUGGGUUUUGCCAGCCUAGAAAUUUUGAUACCUAUCGUGGAAGCGACCCGUGGCGCCAAUUGGAAAAGAGAUGGAUCCACUGCAGAGAUCUUGACCGAAGUAGACGCUGACAUUGUACAAGCUAUACAAAGCUGCAAGGAAGAGCUUGUGUCGGAUCACCUAAAAGAGCGCGGUGCAGCCAGGCAGAUCGUCAGCAAACUCCAAUAUGCAAUUCAGAAUUGUUCUUCGGAAGAAGUUCUGGCGUUCGAGAAAGCUGCACACAGCAUUCAACACUGGAAAUUUUGA